UGUAUUUUUGUUUAUGUUGCGGAAAAAAUUAGUUUUUUUUUGCAUUCUGUUAUGUUAUGCAUAUAUCGUCGUCGUCAAAGAAACAAGAGCCACAAGUAAUUUCUGCAAAAGCAUUCGAACUUAUAAACUAUAAAUAUAUCUAAGACGAGAACAAAAUUCAACAGGUGUUAACAUUCUCAUGUCUCUAUUCAUCAGGACUUCAAAAAACUCGCAGUUAUGGAUAUUUUAAACAAUUUUAACUUCAAGGAUCUAUCACAUGACACUAUUCUCGAUGGUAGUGAGAGUUUUUAUAACAAGAUACCUGCUGAAAAUGUAUCUCCGAUCUCGAUAGACUAUCCUUACCCGAUUGAGUCACCUUCAAGAAAAAUUGAUAAAGAGAAAUUGAAAGAGUUUUUCAAAUAUACUGUAGGAGAAAAGGAAAUUAAUUAUGUCAGAAGAGAAUACAAAAGAAUGAAAAAUGAUAUCUGUAAUCAAGAUUUCAAGAAUCACGCUGUGUUACCAGAAUUUUUAAUUGAUUAUAUUCAAAAUGAAGUGAAGGACGAAAUUGACUAUGGAUUCAAUAUACAAUAUUCCUAUGGAACCCUAGAGAAAUUUUAUAAUAAUAACGAAUUGUGUUUAGUUAGGCCCAAUAUCGAUAAUAACAUAGAGAUUUGUAAACCUACAAAACCGAAGGAGAAAAUUAUUUCACAGUGGUUAUAUUCAGAUCCCAUUAGGAGUAUCAAACACAUUGGUCUAACUCAUUCAAAUGGGUUUACUAUAAGGGGGAAAAAUAAUGUAUAUUUGAUAGAUAUUGAUGAUAAUUUGAGUAUAAAAACUCAUUUGAAAUUGAAAUGCGAUAUUGGUUAUUUCGAUGAGACUGUGAACCAUUUCAAUGGAUAUGAACUCGCACUUAUGGAUGCCAAAACAAACUUGAAAUUGUUCAAUUUGAAAGAGCAGAAAAUCAUAUCUUCUUACAGUAUGGAAGAACUGUAUUUCAUUUUAGAACCUAGAUUUCUGAAAAUGAAUUAUUUGACAGAUAAUAUGUUGAUGAUCAUGACCGACAAGCAGAUCAAAGUUUUAGAUAAUCGUUGUAAAGAUGCUCCGCAAGAAAUAGAAAUAAAGCUUCAAGAUUGUGACAUGCUAUUGGAUUUUACUCUACAAAGGGAUAAGCACUGUAUUUCAAAUGAAGUGUAUUUGUCUUCCAAACAUGCUUUUUUUGUUUAUGAUAUCAGAAAGGCCAGUGUAAACGAUUACAUUCAUCACAAUUUAAGAGUUCCUCCUUGUUUUAUUAGAUGCUUCCAAGGAAGUGAUGCAAAACUUGUAACUUUAUUUAGUCAGUCUCCAGCAGAGGCUGUUAUGUUUGGGACCUCGUCUCCUUAUUCACUACCUUACCUACUACCUACCCUAGAAGAAGCUCAUAGUCAGUGCAGAGCAGGAAGAAGCAUGCCUGUAAUCCCUGAUAUUGAGGCAAGGUUCAACUUUCCUAUUACAGGUGUUCAAAUAGUACCUUUUGAUGAGGAUAUUUCAAUUUACUUUUCCAAUAUAUUUGGCGAAAUAUUCUGCUAUGAUGUGCUACUAAAAAAUGGACAAUCUCAAAAAACAAUAGAUAGGAUAUACGACUGGUUGAUGGAAGUUUAUGAAACUGACAAUCCUGACUUGAAUAUGGUUCAUCUGGCAAGUGCGAGGACAACUGUCCAAUUAGAGUGCGAUUUCAAUGAUGUUGACCUCUUCAAUCAUUACGAGAAGAGUAACAUCCAUGAUUUUCUUGCAGACGAAGAUUUUAAUCACAAAAACUGGAAUUCUGAAAAUUUCGAUCAGAUAUGGGAUGACGAUAAUAAUAUGGAGGAGUUCAGUUUGUUAGAAACAAAGCCUGACAAGAGAAAAGUUGAAGAUUGGAUUAAAAAUACAAAUUUUAGUCCAAGUGAAUUUGAGUGAAUCAGUUGACAAUUUUGUAUUUAAAAUGUUUUCUGCAUCUGUGAUAUUAUAUACUGGUAAUUCAUUGUUA